ACAUGUACUUAUGUUGCGUAGAAAAUUGAUGAAUUUAUUUUAAUAGUUAUUGAAUGUUUAUAGGUUGAUUAUGAUUACAUUGAUACUAAUAGCACUGAAGAUAAUGUUGAAAUCAAUCACGAGUUCUCAAUGGCUGAAGUUGAAUUAAAUGACAUAAUGUCUUCAUUUGAGGCCAACAAUUGUCAGCCUAUUCCUAAUAAACUGUUAGAGUAUCAAAUGUUCAAUCAGCCUUACUAUACUGGAAGGAUACUCAGAUUAUUAUUAGCUCCUAGACAAGUUCCUUCACCUCUUGAUACAAGGGAAAGACUCAUUGAAGCACUUAAGAAGAGAGAUAAAAGCCACCAGUCUAUGUUUGCUAAAUAUGAAAGAGAAUGUAAAAAGUUAAACAACUCAACUAGUAAUGGCAAAGGAUCUAGCUCCAGUAAGAUGUUGCUGAUGUAUUCUCCAUUAGAAGAGAAGCUGGAGAGACUGAAGAGACACUAUGAGGACAAUGAAGAUCAAUUAGGUCCAAUUUUCUCUCAAGUUUCCACUGCGAUUAAUCAAGUAGUCAGUGACAUUAAGAAAUCAAUCAUUAAUAAUAAUGAUAAAUCAUCAAAGAAACACAAUGGAGACAUAUGCAGUCCAGGACUGAAGGAAUGGGAAAUACAGGUAUGAAGUAUG